AUGCAUACUUCUAUUUUUUUAACCGUUUUUUCACUUGCUUUGGCACCAAUUAAAGUUCAAGCCAAUGCUUUCGAUAAUGUUAAAUCUGAUGUUGAGCAAGGUGUUUCUCAAGUGAAGGGUGGCAUCAAUACUGCUGUUUCUGAUGCGAAAUCUCAAAGCUGGUAUGCUAAUGCUAAAUCAAGGGCAGAUCAUGUUGGUGAUAGUUCGCUCAAAUCAAAAUUAGAGCAUAAUACCCAUAGUGGAAACCGUUUUAAAUCCUUUGCUGAUGGUGUUAAGAGUACUCUCGAUAGUGAUUAUAGUCAUGUCACGAGUAGGGCUCAUAGUCGAGUACUGAAUUUUGGCAAAGAUCAUUCCAAAUCCUCAUCUUCAGGAUCUUCUUCUAACUCCGGGUCUUCUUCUAAAGCUGGAGCUGAUGCUUAUGUUGCACCAGUUGGUGCACUCGUUGGUGCAGUUGCAGUUGCAUUAUUAUAAUAAUAGCUACAACUUGUGUAUUAAUUUGAAUAACUAUUCAUGUUUUAUAUUAAUUGAUUUUUUAUAUCAGAAACAAG